AUUUAUAUUACCAAUAGAUGGCAGUGCUCCUCUGAUCAGCAAGUAUUUCUGGAGAAUGACUGAGGAAGUGAUUAUUUCUCUACAGAGGGCCAGAUGCCAGUGUUCAACGGCCUCCUGAGAUCUGAUCCGUGUGUUUAUUCGUGUCUGACGCCAGACAGUUGAACGGGAACGGGAACGGGAAGUUCAGCGAGGAGAAGAUCAUGUACAACAACAACAACAGCACACCAUCAUCCUCCUCCUCAUCCGAGGCUGGAGAUGUCAGAAGUUCGCUGUUUAACCCGGGAGAGCCGCUCAGACAGCCGCGCACUACUCCUCCGGUGUCGGACGGCAGCUCAGAUAGCAGAGGAUCCCCCGUGCUUUUAAAUUCAGGACACAAUAGCGUCAAUGCUGCAGAUGCACUGGUGAAGAACUCCAAACUGUCUGCUGCCGCACCUGAGUUUGUCCCAGGAUGUUAUGCAUCAUUCCAGGAUGAUGUGUAUUCGGAUGAAUCUGAAGGAUACUACGCUGAGGCCUCACUGGCUGAUUUAGUUCAGGAUUUUGUAAGCCAUCUGAACUCGUCUCCGGGGUCCUUUGAAUCAGAAAUUGAGUAUAUCACAGACACGCUGAACAGCUGGGUCACUACAGAGGAGAUACUGCAGGAGCUUGUAGAGCUCAUCUACGUGCAGUCCACGGCUAUACCUAACUUCGCCUACACUGGAGCGCGGCUCUGUAACCAUCUGUCUCAUCACAUCCGUCUCACUCCAUCCAGUGGUAACUUCCGACAGCUGCUGCUGCAGAGGUGUCAAAAAGAGUUUGAACAGAGGGAGCAGGCCGUGAGAGGAGAUCCAGAGACCCAGAAAAAGUUUCACUCAUAUGUGCUGUUUCUGGGGGAGCUUUACCUUAACCUGGAGUUGAAAAGUGGAAAAGGCACACCGGGACGAGCUAAUGUCCUACUGGGAGCGCUAAAGGAACUUUUGAACACAUUAUUCUCUCACCCAGAUGACCCAAAUCUAAUGUGUGCUGUCAAAUUACUCAAGCUGAGCGGUUCCAUUCUGGAUGACACAUGGAAGGAGAAAGGGCAGUCAGACAUGGAUGAGAUCAUCAAGAAGAUUGAAGACAUUUUGUUGGACGCCAAAUGCGGCCGAGAUGUCAGACAGAUGCUAUUGAAACUGGUGGAGUUACGGUCCAGUAACUGGGGGCGAGUUCACACAGCCGCUGUGUCCAGUGACGCUACACCUUACAAUGACCCCAACUACUUUAUGAAUGAACCAACCUUCUAUACAGCUGAUGGAACGCCUUUCACAGCAGCAGAUCCUGAAUACUCAGACAAAUAUCAGGAGAUUCUAGACAGAGAAGACUACUUCCCUGAUGCAUACGAAGAGAAUGGAAACGAAUCCGAUGAUGAAGAAGAAAUGGAUCCAGAGAUCGAGGAGGCAUUCGAGAGGUUUUGCAUGGAGUCGGAUGCAAGAAGAAAGAAAUGAGAGACUGUGAGAUUGUCAUGUGAACACAUUACCCGACCAGCUGGAAUGUUUCAGGGUGGGCGGAACCAAGAACAUUUUGGUUGAUUUUCAUUUAAUUUCUCAACAAGCACUUCUUGGCUACAAUGUCACUGGAUUUAUGGCUGGGAUUAUUGUUUAGUUGAAACGCAGUAUAAUUUGCAAGUCCGUCAGGCCAUCAAAUUGUCAGUAGCCAUUGGUUUGGCAUUUGGGUUGUGAGGUUUAUUUUAUGCGUGUUCUGGUUUAUCAAACAUCCCAAAAAAAAAAAAGUUUGCAGUGAGAUUUUAAUAUGAGCCGAAGAGUAGCAUCAUCAAGUGUAUGUGUGGUUUGUUUGCAAACUAACUGCUCAGUAAACGUAGGAGAAAUGAGGCAGGACACAUCAGUUUGUGUUUUACUCCUCAAGGCUUUGCCUUUUACAGUUACGGAGCAAAGGGAAUAAGACAAAGUUUUAAGAAAACAAAAUUCUACUGUUCUUCCUUUAUCAGAUUCUCCUUGAACCUUUUUGAGUUUUACUUUCAAUUUAUGCACAUGUUUGAGGAAGAUAGGAACCCCAACUUUAAAGUCUGUUUGGUUUUUUUUGAAUGCAGGAAUACAUUUUCCACAAAUGUUAAGUGUGUCAAAUCAGAGGAAAAGCUCAGUACAGGUUUGGGGGUUACACAGAUUCAUCCGCCACUGUGAUUUACUGAAGUUUUCUCAUCACCAACAUCUCAUGGAUCCCAGAUAAAGGAAUGUUUAUUUUAAUAUAGCUGUAAAUAUUAUUUGCUGCAUUGUUUGCCUGCAAUAAAUCUUUAUUAAUA